AUGGAAGGUCAAUCCAGAGUUGGCUCGCGCCUUUCGAGUGGAAUUCCGCGCCCAGUCUCCCGACUGCCCUUGCCGACAUCUUCAACCUCCAAGUCAAUUCGUCCGUCUCCUUCUCGCGAAAGGUUACGAGCUGACCCUGGCUUGGAUGACCGGCGCCUACGUAGGCCUUCCUACGAAUCACUCCUCCAGAAGCCCAGAUCCCAUUACUCGCCUGCAAAACCGCGACCCGGAAAGCUGCCAAAGCAAGAAGAAGUCGCCAACGAGCCGGAUGACGUACAUAGCCCCGAAGGAAGCCCGCCAGCAAAAAGAGACGAUGUCGCCGCGUACGAGACCCGGGGACGCACCCGACCCUCGUUAUCAGAACGGACAAUUGAGACGCUGUCUAGUAUCCCGCCCUCACCGGUUUCUGUGAAGAGGCAGAAUAGUUUUUUCAAUGGCGCGAGUCCCAUUCGUUCUCCCUCGCGCACCCCAUCCAACGUGUCCAGCUAUUCCCGGUCCCCGUCGCGCUCUUCGAGCAACCAAGCCAGCAAUGAUUUGCUGGUACAGCCGGUCUCUAAGCUGCGUCUUCCAUCUCGGUCCCGUAUGUCUGUGGCAUCAUCUUCUGGUCUUCCCGGAGGUACUGUCGAUGCGGAUGACAGCGCUACGAAGAUGCCACCGCCUCCUAAGAGACAGAGUAUUGCUGUGCCAAGCAAAUCUUCGGAUACGAGUGCAACUCCGAAGAAACCCACGACUGUUGCAAAAUCAAACGUGCGACCCUCUCCGAGAAGCUCAUCGAAGUCUUCAUUGUCCAGCAUGGGCCCUCCGGAGCGACCUUUACAAGUUCGGAAGACGAGGAAAACCCCGGCCGAUUCCCCAUCUUCCACUAGGUCUCCCUCUACUACCUCUCGAUAUGUCUCUGCUGCUUCCUCUUUGCAGGAUGAUCUCACCCCAGAGCAGCAGGCAGAGAACGAGUCAAGAAAAGCCUCCAAAUCGUCGAGCACCUUGCGAGAUACGAUUGCGAGGGCAAAAGCCGCAAAGAAAGCGGCCGCAAUGAAUAAGAAGGAAGAUGGGCCAGACGUACCAACAGUUGCCAACUCGUGGGAUGUUAUAGAUACUGAGGAUCCCUUCAAUCAACUGCCCAAGGGAUCGAAUGCCAAUGUGCUUCGUAAGCGAGUAGAUGGCGCACGCACCUCCGGCACUUUGAAUAUCGCGGCUUUGUCUUUGACUGAAAUUCCCGAAGAGGUCAUCUCUAUGUACGUGUUUGAUCCCGAGAAAGCCGAUAAUUGGUUCGAGAAUGUGGAUCUCGUCAAGUUCAUUGCGGCCGAUAACGACUUGGCCGAAAUUGCCGACGCAGUUUUCCCAGACAUGGAUUUAGAGGAUGUCGAUCCUGAUAGCGACGAAAGAGGCCCGCAGUUCGGAGGCCUUGAAUCGCUGGAUCUGCACGGUAAUGUGCUCCGCUCACUGCCUUUGGGACUCCGACGACUGCAUCAAUUGCGCUUCCUAAACCUCUCUAAUAAUGACUUGAGGAUGGAAGAUUUAAGCGUUGUGAUGGAGAUCCCGUCUCUCUCGGAUUUAAAACUUGCAAACAACAAACUGCAAGGGUCUUUUUCUAAAGCUGUGGGCAAUCUUCGGAACCUGGAGUCUCUGGACCUACGAGGAAAUGCAAUCACGCUCCUGCCAACCGAAUUGGGCGAGCUGACUCGCCUGAAAACUUUGGAAGUGGGUGAGAACCAAUUGACCUCUCUCCCAUUUGAAGCCUUAAGCAAGCUUCCUUUGAUUACCCUCAGUGCUCCCAAAAACAAGCUCGAUGGCACACUGAUUCCUUCAUCUGUCAACUCUUUGGAUACCUUGCAGACAUUGAAUAUUGCUCACAAUCUUGUGGAGAUCUUUGCAGACAACGAAAAGUUGUCCCUGCCUAAUCUCCAUAGCCUUUUCAUCGGAAUAAACCGUAUAAGAAAGCUACCGUCUCUUUCUUCAUGGCAGUCAUUAUUGACUCUUUCGGCUGAAGACAACAACUUGACUGAACUUCCCGUUGGAUUUGUGGAUUUGAAGAAGCUCAAGAGCGCUGAUUUUACAGGCAAUAACAUUACCAGGCUGGAUGAGAGGAUUGGAUUUAUGGAUACACUCUCCUUGCUACGAGUGGCUAAUAACCCCCUUGUUGAGCGCAAGUUAUUGAAUAUGGAAACAGAAGACAUUAAACGGGACAUGCAGAAUCGAUGUGAGCCCGAGCCUCAGGAGACAGACGAUGAAGGGUCUGUGGCAACCCAGUUCACAGAUGCACCUGAGAUUCCGACAGUGCAAAGUGGAUGGAAGAUCAAGUCUGGUGGUGUUCUUGACAGGUCGCAUUCGGAUCUGAAGGAUCUAGAUGUGGAGAAACUGAGCUCGAUCAAUGUGCAGGACGUUCGUUGCCUGUAUUUGCAGCACAACGAGCUAAGCCUGCUGCCUGUACCAGCCCUUGAAAUUUUAGCCCAGGGCCUUGUCGAACUUGAUCUUUCUAAUAACCCGCUGGGCGAUUCCCAUCUCUUGUCUUCAGCCUUGGAGUUGCCAAAGCUACAGACCUUGAAUCUGAGUGCUGCCGGCCUCACAACACUUGAGAAUCUUCUGACGCAUGUCAAAGCUCCUUCCCUCACGUUGCUGGACGUGUCCAAGAACCGUUUGACCGGCGAUCUGCCUAACACGCGGCAAACAUUCCCGAAUCUCAAAAGCUUCAUCGUGGCCGAUAACAAAAUUAUUCGACUUGAAUUCGAGGCCGUACAAGGACUACAGGCAUUGGAUGUGAGCAACAAUGACAUCGAAUCCCUUCCCCCCAAAAUUGCACUGAGGCGUUUCGAAGUUUCAGGGAAUCGCUUCCGAGUGCCUCGAUGGCAGAUUGUUGCCAAAGGCACUGCGGCCAUUCUUGAAUACCUCCGAGAGCACAUCCCAGUUGAUCAACUACCUGAAUGGGAGCAUGAAGCUGAACUCGUUGAUGCAUAUUGA